UCCAUCUUCUUCUUUCUUGCCAAUAUAAACUUUUAUCUUCUAAGAUUUAAAGUUCUGUGUACAAGAAGCAAAGUAGUUUACAAUUUCUUACUUCCUGUGUAUCUUGAUUGACAGAUGUGUCGUCCAAUCAGCGGUAAGUAAUGCAUUCACAAACUGUUCCUACCUUUUCCGUUUCUUUCUGAUUUGUUAAUGUGUUUUCGGAUUUGUUCAUUUGUUUUCGGAUUUGUUAAUGUUUUUUCUGAUUUGCUAAUGUGUUUUGCACUUCACGGCCAAAGAAAAGGCCUUUGACAAAGAAGAACGUAUUGAAAUCACUCUCAUGGCUGGAUCAGGAAGCUGUUGCUAGGUUGCGAUGGACUUUAACAUGAAACAUGGCAAGCGCUGUUGCCAAACUUAUUAUCAAAUUAAAAAAGACCGGAAGUGUUGCAGACCAACCAAGAAGUUUACGUCCAUCCACUGAUGAAGGCACAACCGUCGUGUUGCUGGCAAACAUAGUCCCCUAUGUAUGGAGACAGUUGGCACACCCAGGUACAGGCACCAGUGUCGCCAUCACUGCCCCCAGAGGAGCUAUGAGGAGCCAAGUAGGGGUGUGUGUCUCAGCUGCCCAGAGUCCUGCUUAGACUGGGGGAGUGAGACGCUCUGUCUGACAUGUCAGACAGGCCACUUUCUCCACAAUGGAGCCUGUGUGAAUGAGUGUCCCCAGGAAAUGUUCGGAGAUGCCAGAGGAUGGCGCUGCCAGCCCUGUCAUGCCUCAUGUCUAACCUGCCAUGGCCCAUGAGCUAGAGACUCUUACAGGUGCAAUGGCUGGAACCAUCCCAUUUAUGGGACGUGUCCCAUCAUCAGAUGCCCUAAGGGCCAGUUUUUUGAUAGUAUGUAUUAAAAGAGCACCUAAAUUAAGAGAGCACUAGCUUUACUCUUAGUGCAUUUUGGGAAGACAUGACAUCAUUGAAUUCAUAUAACAGAUUGAUGAUAUGGGAUUUUAAAUAUAGAGUAUUCUUUAGUGGCCAGAUAUUACAUAUUGUCAAAGGAAAAAAUGGAAAUUUAAUCCUGUAUUGUAUAUUUAUUAGGUGAAAAGGACACACAAAGUAUCGGAUGUUCCAAAAUUAUAUUACAGUUUAGUGUUUCAGUUGUAAAAAAAACUUUAAAACAUUUAUGAAACCCAAAAACCUGAAAAGGCAAGGCAGAUAAUAUCAAACAGUAAUGUUUAGUGUUGUGUGUGCUUGGUAUUAAUACUCACGAAUCAUAAUACAUCCAUGCAGUGUUGUGAAUUAAUCACUUUUUAAUACAUUUUGAAUAAAUCCACCCUGCUGACUGAGAGAAACAGCAUGAAGUG